AGCGCCAAACAAACGCAGCAACACUGUGACAGCUUCGUUCGACGAGGCUCAAGUAAAUAACAUUGCAAUCCAGAAAAGCGGCUACAAAUUAAGAAGACUUAAUAUUGUGAGGUGUUGGUUUGGUGCAACUUCCGACGGUCAUAAUGUCGGAAGACUUUGAUAUAUAUGCGGACCUCGACCACAUCGAGAAGGAGGCUCGACAGGAGAGUCAUGAGCUUCUGACUCUACGACAACAUAUAAAAGAACUCGAAGAAAGAGUGCAAGCGGCAGAACAAGAGAAAACAGACAUCGUUAGGAAGAAUAAAAUAUUGCUUGAAAAUGUGUCAUCGCUGCUUCUGACUGCCAAAGCUGAGAUCCAACGGAAGGAUGCAACGAUUAGUGAGUUAAGAAAACAGUGCGAUGAUGCCGUGUUUCGGCGAAAAUUUCAUACUGCCAAAAGUGCUAGCUGUGAAACGAGGUUCACUCAAACACCGCCAACACUCUCCGUUGAAUGCUGCGAGCGUUUGCAAAGCAAAUGUAUUAUUGAUGACGGUAGAGACUCGAGCCGCAACCGGGAUCGUGAGCAUGAUCGGGUGCGCACAAGCAAAGUUGUUCCCGAACGGGAUCGAAGCCACGGUCGAGAUAGAACGAGCGAUAGAGACAAAGAGCGACACCGGGACCAGGGCUGGAAUUGCGACCGCGAGCUGGAUCGAUAUCGCGACCGUGAUCAGGAAAGAAAUCGUCAUCGUGAUCGUGACCGAUGCCACGAUGGUGACAGAGAGCGUGAUCGCGAAAGGUACCGUGAGCGGCAUCGCAAAAGCCUCUAUGACCGUCACCACAGUCCCAAGGAACGGCGUAGCAGCGAGCGAAGUCGUUUUAAAGAAACGCAUAGCGAGCGAAGUCGUGAGACUAAAGAGCCAAAUCCCCACGAAGCUCGUACGCGGGAUAAGGAACGAAGAUCUUGUGAGAAGCCCGCGCCUUACCGUCAUGGACGAAUUGAAGAUGACGAUCGCUAUAGGAGCAAUCCUAGACUUUCUGAUGUUAAACAAGGUUGUCUGGAUAUUGACCGCCGAACACCAGAAUUUCAUGAUGGUAUAAAGCAUGACAAGCUGACAAAUGCAGGUUUAAAUCAUGCAGCUGAACAGAUGCAAGGAAAAAGCACAGAUAUCAAAUUGCAAGGGAUUGCUUCGAACGAAGUGGAGCAACCGAGCACAUCAAAAGGACUAUUUCGUCGGAUCUCUAGAGAUCAGAACAAAUCAACGUUAACAGUGGAUACUAACAGUAAGGCAAGUGGCAUUCAAGUAUCGGAUGAUAGUAGGAAGCAAACUAGUGAAGGCGCUAAUUCAACCGCUAAUACCAAUAAGCUGGAUAAAAAGAAAGAUAAGCACAUCAAAUCAUCGAGAAAAAAAUCAAAAUUUGAGCCUGCCGACGAUGUGCAGAGCGGUGCUGGUAAGGAAGAGCGACGAAAUGAGCUUUGCCAGCUGAAACCAACAACAAACGAGCAAAAUCCAACAACACUAACCUGUGAACGGAAAGUGGAUAGGUCGAAAUCUUCCCAGGAUGACACAAUUCCAAAGCACUGUAUGGAUAAGGGUCAUCAACCACAAGAAUCGACAUCUUCGACAGCAAACAAACACGCAGAGCCAACCGCUCUUAUUUCAGCUACAGAUGCAUUAGUUGGAAGCAAAACUGAUCAGCGUAGUUCAGCAAAGGAGAGUGACGACCUUGUUCUAAAAUCUACGAGCUUGGAUAAAGCUUGUAGCUCCAGUGCAGAGGCUAGUGCUGAAGAUGCAUGUGGAACGCUAGUCGAUCUGAAACGCGACAAAGGUGAAGCGAGGAGUAACAAGGAUAUUCAUUUAAAUGCUGCAACCAAUCACGGUCAAGAUGACAAUAUCAACGCGUUGGAUGACAAGAAAGCCAAGCACAACAAAUCAUCGAAAAGAAAAUCAAAAUUUGAACCUGCCGACGAUGUGCAGUGCGGUGCUGGUAAGGAAGAGCAACGAAAUGAGCUUUGCCAACUUAAACCAACAACAAACGAGCAAAAUCCAACAAAGGUGCACAGUUCAGAAACUUCACAGCAUGCCAUGAUUCUAAAAAAAGCUACGAAUGAGGCACAUGGAAUCCACCUGAAUCAACCACAAACAUCACCAUUCGCAACAGUAAUCAAGCAAGCAGACCCAACAACCCUUAAUGCAUUAGCUGGAAGCAAAACUGAUCGGCGAAGUUCAGCAAAGGAGAGUGACGACCUUGUUCUAAAAUCUACGAGCUUGGAUAAAGCUUGUAGCUCCAGUGCAGAGGCUAGUGCUGAAGAUGCAUGUAGCACGCUAGUCGAUCUGAAACGCGACAAAGGUGAAGCGAGGAGUAGCAAGGAUAUUCAUUUAAAUGCUGCAACCAAUCACGGUCAAGAUAACAAUAUCAACGCGUUGGAUGACAAGAAAGCCAAGCACAUCAAAUCAUCGAAAAGAAAAUCAAAAUUUGAACCUGCCGACGAUGUGCAGUGCGGUGCUGGUAAGGAAGAGCAACGAAAUGAGCUUUGCCAACUGAAACCAACAACAAACGAGCAAAAUACAACAACACUAACCUGUGAACGGAAUGUGGAUAAGUCGAAAUCUUCCCAGGAUGACACAAUUCCAAAACACUGUAUGGAUAAGGGUCAUCAACCACAAGAAUCGACAUCUUCGACAGCAAACAAACACGCAGAGCCAACCGCUCUUAUUUCAGCUACAGAUACAUUAGUUGGAAGCAAAACUGAUCGGCGAAGUUCAGCAAAGGAGAGUGACGACCUUGUUCUAAAAUCUACGAGCUUGGAUAAAGCUUGUAGCUCCAGUGCAGAGGCUAGUGCUGAAGAUGCAUGUGGAACGCUAGUCGAUCUGAAACGCGACAAAGGUGAAGCGAGGAGUAACAAGGAUAUUCAUUUAAAUGCUGCAACCAAUCACGGUCAAGAUGACAAUAUCAACGCGUUGGAUGACAAGAAAGCCAAGCACAACAAAUCAUCGAAAAGAAAAUCAAAAUUUGAACCUGCCGACGAUGUGCAGUGCGGUGCUGGUAAGGAAGAGCAACGAAAUGAGCUUUGCCAACUUAAACCAACAACAAACGAGCAAAAUCCAACAAAGGUGCACAGUUCAGAAACUUCACAGCAUGCCACGAUUCCAAAAAAAGCUACGAAUGAGGCACAUGGAAUCCACCUGAAUCAACCACAAACAUCACCAUUCUCGACAGUAAUCAAGCAAGCAGACCCAACAACCCUUAAUGCAUUAGCUGGAAGCAAAACUGAUCGGCGUAGUUCAGGUAAGGAGAGUGACGACCAUGUUCUAAAAUCUAUGAGCUUCGAUGCAAGCCGUAUUAGUCCUGGUGCAGGGGUUGGUAGUACUGGCAAUGCAAGCAGCUUUCUUGCCGCAAAUAAUGCACCAAAACCGGCAUUUUCGGUAGCAACCAAAAAAGGAGAUCCGGCACAUGAAGCAAUCGUUCGUAAUGAAAUACGCCGUAAGGAUAAUCUACAGACGGACGGUGUGUCACCAUCAGUUUCUAAUGAAACAUCCCGUGCGAACGGUACGUCAAUGAUAAAAGAUAAUGAUGGUGCUGCGGCUACAGGCACCAAGCUGCAGCAGCCAUCAUCAAUUUCUGAAGCAACUUUGUUAAGUGAAAGCAAUUCGCAUUGCCUGAACUUGUGCGAUAAACGUUCUAACAGCUAUUCUGCCGUACGGGCGAGCAGCGGGAAACAAUCACCGAAAUCUUUGAAAAUGUCAAUUCAAACCUACUUUAUGAGUUUUAAUGAGCGGGUCGACAUGGAUGAAACGAGCUCCUGUGCGGCAUUGAACGAAUCGAUAGAAUUGAGCGUAGCUGCCGAGGUUGAAAUUGAAACCAGUAAACCGAAAGAGAGUACGGGCGAGGCGAGCAAGAAACCUAAAGUAUCCACUGCAGAGGCCGUCCGUGAAAGAUUGGAAAGGAAGAGGAUCUGUACCAAUGUACAAAAAGCAGCACUGCCCAGCGUAUUACCGAUGGUUAGCAUUUAUCCCAAGAGAAAAUUGUCAAUCGAUAGCGUGGCAAGCGUAGCGGACAAGAGGCAAAAGUUAGAAACUGCAGCACCGGCGCAUGAGACUAAGCCAUCCUGCGAGACAUCUCCUAAACUUUCAUCAACGUACUUUUCACCAAUUACUUUGUCGAUAACUUCUGCCCUUGACAGUAUUCCGAGUAAGUUAAAGUCCCCGGACGUUAAACACAGUGUUUGGGAUAGUACGCUCAUGACACCGAUGGUAGUAGUACACUCGCCGGCCAAGCCAUCGCAGGACACAGGCAGCCAACAUGUGCCGAAUUAUUACUCCUCCGGUCCUUCGGACUCAUCGAUACAAACUAUUAUGGAAUCACUGUUUCUAACGCCCAUUAAGAAUGAAGCGCCGGACAGCGUAUCACCCCCGAGCAUGGCGGCUGUGCGGAACAGCGAUGAUGGGAACCCCCCACAAAGCUUAACAGCAACAAAUUACGGACUGGGUGAAAUAAGCUCAACUCCGCUAAGCAGUAAACCAUUGGCACGUUUUUGUCCCGAUGAUGAUCAUACCACUUAUCGUGUUUUGCACAAGGUAACUGCAAGGCAAGCAGACGAAACGAACAGCACGAUAGCAAGAUUAGAAGGGAAAGGGUCCAGUGAUCCAGCAAGCGCUGGACCACGAGGGAACGUACCGAGAUCAGCUGGGACACGAAAACCGGCGCUUCAGAAAUCCUCCAAGCAUGCACAAUUAAGGUCAGACAAACAUUCAGAGCACAGGGUCAAAGCCGCAAGUCAUUCAGAUCUGAAGAAACCGUUGCAAAGUCUAGGGAAAAGGCUACAUACUUCACCGAGAAACCGAUGUGCUAGAAGCCAGCGUAAUGAGAAUAACAACUACCACCAAUCAUCCGUUAUGCGAACGGAUAAGACGCCGAACGUUGUACCAAAUAGUGUUUGUGAUAAAAAAUCUGCAAAUGAUACCGUUCCCGUACAGCAGCAGCCAAACGAUGCUUCUAGCUCCGCAAGCAUUUCAAAAAUGUUGGCAGCGACCGAAGUCGUUAACUCUGCGUUAGUGUAUGAUCAUCAUCAGGCCAACGAAAAGGUAAAACCGUUCAAACAAUCAAGUACCCAGCAGCGUCAGAAGUCGGUGACAAAUGUUGAGCCAGUUGAAAAAUCGAACAGGUGGAGAAAUGCCCCAAGUUCUAGCAAAUGCUUAACGGAAGAGCUGCCGAGCGUUUCCGCGCCAUCAGCAAGCAAUUCCACCACGGUUAUUCCUAGCAAAACUUCAGACGAAAUCAGGCCUACGCAAAACCCAGCCACCACACGCAAACGGUCUCGAAAGCAGAUGAACGCGGAUGAUGAGAAACGGCAUGGUUCAACUAAAAAACAAUCGGUUGAAUCAUACUCGAAACAAAUGAAAGUUGGUAAAAAAGCAUUGUGUGAUAAUGAAAAUACGCAACCGGUGGCAAUACGCAAUUGUGUAGAACCGAUACCGCAAAAAACUGAUCCACCGCGUUUGGCACCAACAUCGAAGUUAGCACUGGUCAUUGACGAACAUACUGUGGAGAGGCUAAAUCCGCAACCCUUAUCGGCCCAACCAGUGGAGCGCAACUGUGCAGAGUCCGUACCGUGUUCCUCGAGAAGCAUCGAAGAACCGCCAAAAGCUGACCUCCAUCGUAUGGUAGACACGUCGAUCGUAGUACCGUGCAAUAGAGAAAAUAAUAUGGAAAGGCUUAGUCCGCAAACUAAUGCGGAACAGUUACCAGCGACAGCGAAUACCGCCUCUGCAGCGGAUGCUCAAGUUCGGGGCAAAGGUGAAGUAACUUCGACAUGCGUAGUAAGCAAUGUUACCCUUAACCUGUCCCUGGCCGAUAACACGUCAAACAUUCACAGCAACGUUCGGAAAAGUGUAGCUCCUCCGGUGCAACAUUUACGAGAAAUGCGAAUAGUGAAGGAAAGCCCAUCGUUGAUGCGAAUUUUUAUAGUGCGCAAAUAACAUUUGUUUAUAUUACGAAUGGAAUUUAACCGCCGCAAAAUAGGCGACCAAAUGCAAACUUUACGUUUUUUCGGAGUUUUGUUUUGUUUUGGUUACAUACUCGUUAAAAGUGCGGCAAAAAUAAAACAUAUACCACGUUAAUUUGUGUUUCAAAAUAACAAA